UCCGGCGAGCAGCCAUUUGUUUGGUACUUUCCUCUCUCUCUUUCUUCUUCUUCUCUCUCUAUAUAUACGUACAAACUGUCCUGAAGACUCUGUCUCUCUAAAAUUCAGUCUUGAAGUUGUGAAUUGCUCAACGAUAAUAAGGUUUGAUUUUCGAUUCAGUAGCAGAAAAAUUCUCAGAGAAAAAUCUGACUGAAUUCCGAGAAAAUUGGCUCAAAUGGCGUCGUCGAAGGUGAUGGCGUCAACAUCACCACCCAAUCCGGAUCGGCCACGUCAAACUUCGCCUUCUUCUCCUUUACUUUCUGGUACUGAUCAGACUCGGAAUUUUGGGUCUAUGAGUAUGGAGGAAAUAUUGAAGAAUAUUUAUUCUGAUUCCGAUUCAUUUACCGUGGAGAAUAACGGCAUCGGAGGUGGCGAUGCCGUUUUGGACGGUGGUGGUGCUGGUGGAGGAAUGAGAAAUGGUAGUGGGGAUGGGGAUGGUAAUAGGACGGUGGAUGAGGUGUGGGGGGAGAUUGUAAUUGGAGGUGGAACUGGGGGUGGGGAGCCGGCGAUGACUUUGGAGGAUUUUCUGACAAAGGCAGGGGCGGUGAGCGAGGAGGAUGUAAGGAUUCCGGUGGUGACGAUGGAAUCUGUUGCUCCUGUUCCGCCUGUCACCACGGCGUUUAGUGUGGAUGCGACGGUGAAUUCUGUGGUGGAUGUGGAGGUUGCAAGGCAGUUUGCUCCGGCGGUGUGCAUGCAGAAUGGAUCAACCGGUGGAGGGUAUGGGAUGGAGUUUGGAAAUGGAAUGGUGGUUGUGGGACGGAGUGGCGGUGGCGGUGGUAGAGGGAAACGUAGGGCUGUGGAAGAGGUUGUGCUCGAUAAAGCCACUCAGCAGAAGCAGAGGAGAAUGAUUAAAAACAGAGAGUCUGCUGCCAGGUCCAGGGAACGGAAGCAGGCUUAUACUGUGGAAUUGGAGACAUUAGUGACACAACUAGAGGACGAAAAAGCAAGGCUUUUGAGAGACGAGGCUGAGCAGAACAGGAAGAGGUAUAAACAGCUCAUGGAGAACCUGAUUCCAGUGGUAGAGGGGAAGAGACCUCCAAGGGUUCUGCGGAGAGUGCGUUCCAUGAACUUGUAGUAGGUGGUCACAAAGUUAUGAUUGAUAAUAAAUACAGAACCUACUUCAAUGUUGACGGUUGGAGUUCUAGUAAUGUCGCUGGAAGACAUUCUGAUGCGGGGAAAAGAUCUGGUUGGAUAUUUUAUUUGAUAGUGAACUUUCUACCGGGAUAAAGCCUAAUGUAGCUUUUGUAAGUGCUCUAAGCAGAUUUUUAGAUGGAUAUGUUUUGUGGGGGGCAUCAACUGCAAUAUUUGCAGUUAAUUUGCAUAGUUUGGUGUUUGUAGAUAAAGAGGCCUUUUACAGAACUAAAGCUUUACCGCAUGGCAGCAGCCAGACGACUGCAGAAAUAGGCUAAUUUAUACCGAUAACAUGUUUAUAUACUCAGUAUCCUGAAUCAGAAGCACAUGUUAUGGUUGCACUCUCAUUUUUUACUGCAUAAACAGCAAUGUAUUGGUGAGCUUGAAAGUUAUAUUUGCUGUUGCAGAUUUGUUUA